AUGGAUCAAAGCAUGUACAAGAGUAUGAUUGGUAGUCUGCUUUAUCUCACAGCUAGCAGACCUGACAUUAUAUUUGUUGUAGGAGUCUAUGCUAGAUAUCAAUCUGAACCCAAAAUGAGUCACAUUACUCAAGUAAAAAUGAUUUUGAAGUAUAUCAAUGGAACCAGUAGUGCUGAUGAUAGUAAAAGCACUUCUGGAGGGUGUUUCUUUUUGGGAAAUAAUCUAAUAUCUUGGUUCAGUAAGAAGAAAAAUAGUGUGUCCUUAUCCAUAACUGAGGCUAAAUAUAUUGCUGUAGGAAGUAGUUGCUCUUAG